AUGGCCCCCAAAGUCUUCGUCGUCGGCGGCACCGGCGCCCAAGGCAUCCCCGUUAUCCAAGGCCUCGUUUCCGACGGCGCCUACACAACCCGCGUCCUCACCCGGGACCUCAACUCCUCCCGCGCACGAAGCCUCCUCGAUCUCGGCAACGUCGAGCUCGUCCAAGGCACCUUCGCUAAUGAGGACGACCUCCGCAAGGGCUUCCGCGGAUGCGAGUACGCGUUCGUGAACAUCGAUGGCUUCAACUCCGGCGAGAAGACGGAGAUGUUCUGGGCGAUGAGGGCGUAUGAGUUGGCGAUUGAGGAGGGGGUGAGGUUUUUUGUGUAUGGGAAUUUGGAUUAUGGAUAUAAGAAGGGUGGGUACGAUCCUAAGUUCCGCACGGGGCAUUAUGAUGGGAAAGGUAGGAUUGCGGAGUGGAUCUUGCAGCAGACGAAGGAUAAUGGCAAGAAGAUGGGUGCUGCUAUCUUCACGACGGGGCCGUAUAUCCAGAUGACGCUGGGUAAAUCGACGCCGAUGAGCCCGGUUGUUGAGGAUGGUGUCGUGGUUUGGAGAGUACCUCUGGGCCAGGGCGCCGUGCCGCACGUCUCCCUCGAAGACUGCGCCCACUACGUCCGCUGGCUCUUCGACCACCAAUCCGAAGCCAACGGCAUGGACCUCGAAGUCGCCAUCGAACACGUCGACUACCACGAGCUCGCCAAAGCCUUCACCGCCGUAACCGGCAAACCCGCCAAGUACGUCGACACCGACCUCGACUCGUACUGGAAGACCGGCCCCUUAUCCGCUGGAGCCUCCCGACCUGCUGGGUACAACGCCGAUGUGAAUGAUCUCGCGACGCUGAGCAUGCGGGAGAAUUUCACGGGGUUCUGGAAUCUGUGGAAGUUCUCGGGUGGGAACCAGGGGGUUGUUAGGCGGGAUUAUGCGUUGUUGGAUAGGAUCCAUCCGAAGCGGAUUAAGUCUGCGGAGGAGUGGUUUCGGCUGGAGGAUGAGCGUGGACGGAAGGCUGGGCUUGGAGGCUUGUAUGAGCGUGCGGCGGAUCUGAAGCCGGUGUUGAAGAUCGCGGAGGAUGGGAGGAAGGGGAAGAUUUGA